GGAUCCUGAACGACGGGCGACCAUAAUUUGAUCUCGGAAGAUAAAGAUAAUAAGAUCACACAGGGCUAUUAUUUUUAUAAUCUUGUCCGCUCGAUUCCUGCUCGAAUGUGCUCAAUCGCUCACUAGCUAUCAGAUGCUACCUAGGUUCUUUCGUUAGGUUCGAUAGCUUAUUUUUUGGGACCUUGGCUUCCCAAGAUGCGUUCCCUGUUGAUUGCUUUAUUUUCUGCGCCCUUGAUUGUGCUGGCCAAAACCAUAGAACGAGAGUGGAACAUCACUUGGGUGUCUGCUGCACCUGAUGGCUACACGCGCCCGGUCAUUGGGAUUAACGGCCAAUGGCCAUGUCCGGAGCUGCGUGCAGCAAAGGGCGACAAGAUCAUCGUGACGAUCAACAACAUGCUCGGAAACCAGUCGACUGGUUUACACUGGCAUGGCAUUCACCAGAGGGGAACGCCGCAAAUGGACGGUGCCAGCGGUAUCCAUCAAUGUCCUGUACCACCUGGCUCCUCAUUCACGUACGAGUGGACAGCUGAACAAGCUGGGACAUACUGGUACCACUCACACAACGAUGCCCAGUAUCCCGAUGGUCUGUGGGGGCCUCUCAUCAUUGAGGAUGACUGUUAUCCGUUCGAGUAUGAUGAAGAAAUUGUCAUGACGCUUACUGAUUGGUACCACGAGCAAGCCCCUGAUCUUGUAGCGCUCUAUCAGUCGAAACAAGGCGAGGCUGCUGAUGGCACACCUGUUCCUUCUGGCGGCGCACUCAUCAAUACUGGAAAGAAUGUCACAAUUUCAGUCAAGCCCGACACUACAUAUCUUAUUCGCAUCAUCUGUCCAGGCAGUUAUCCUGGACACGCAUGGGUGUUUGACGGCCACAAUCAAACCACGGUUGCCAUUGAUGGUGUAUACACUAAGCCCGCUCAAGUCAAUCUUGGAGGCAACCUCACCCGUAUUGCUCCAGGACAGCGCCAAGAUGUCCUCAUUCGCACGAAAAGUGAGACGGACAAGAACUAUGCUAUCUGGGACACUAUGGAUGUGAACAUGCUGUUCAUCAACAAGGGCAUCAUCCCGCCGCCGGCUAACUACAAUCCGAACGUAACUGCAUGGCUUGUCUACAACGAAAGUGCGCCUCUUCCAGACCCUCCAGUCUUCCACGAAAUCAGCAACUCCAACUUUUGGGAUGAUUGCGACUAUGAGCCUCUCGACGGAACACCGCUUCUUGAACCGGUUGACCAUCAAAUUAUCAUGGACAUCAAUGCUGCGAACAUUUCUGGAAUCUCGCGAUUCGUAAUUAACAAUGAGACGUAUCUCAUGCAGAAUGUUCCUUCGCUAUAUUCAGCGCUAACUACCGGUGAUGAUGCCUCAAAUCCAGAAGUGUACGGACAGGUCAACCCUUUUGUCCUGAAGUACGGCGAAGUCGUUGAGAUUGUCAUAAAUAAUCUGAACACGAACCUUCACCCGUGGCACAUGCACGGUCGCCAGUUCCAGCUGCUCGAUCGCCCAGACCCAGGUUGGGGCAAGUUCAACGGCACGUACCGCCCUGGCUAUCCACACGCGUCGCCGGCCAUUCGUGACACCAUCAUGGUGCAAGACAACAGCUGGGCCGUGAUCCGUUUCCGUGCGGACAAUCCUGGUGUCUGGCCUUUCCACUGCCACAUCGAGCUACAUGUAAGUAGUGGGUUCACCGCGACCAUGAUUGAGGCUCCAGAUCACCUUCGCGCCAUGAACAUCACAAUCCCGGAGGACCACAUUGCAGCGUGCAAGGCAUUCCCGAUGAAGUACCAGGGUAAUGCGGCAGGCAAUACAGUUAAUGCGCUCGACUUGAGUGGAUCGAAUACGCAGGUUCCAGCCGUCGACUAUGGUGCCAUGUAUCCCCCUGGAACACCUCCUUCGAGUCGAUAAUGGGGGAAGGUGCUGUGUUUUUAUGUAAUAGCCUCUUCGCGUAAUAAAAAGCAUAUGCAAUGGUUUCUGAGAAUGAAAUUCAUAUGAGC